AGUAAAAAACAGAAAUAUAAUAUAUGAUGAACUUUCUUUAGUCAAAGACAAUUUCUUCUUCUAUACUCUCAUGUAUGGUCACAUAUAUCAAUAUCUCUAUAUCCAUUUGCAUACUACUUGGUUUUCCUGCACAAGCUGAUCAGAAAAAACAUGAGUUUUCGAUUUUCUCCCCCUUCCUACUACUACAGUUCCUCUAAUGAUUUAGAUACACAGGCUCAAAACACUUUUGACAAGUUUGAUCAGAGUGUUGAUUCCACCAUGAAAUGGGCAGUAGCAGGAUCUGUUGUUUAUGGAGUGGUGGUAAUAAUAGCAAUUAUAGCAAUAGCAUAUGCAAUUAUUGAGUGCUUGAAGAAGGCAGGAACUGUGAUUCCAGCUUACACUCAGCUUCCAACCACAGAGAACGAUCAUAAAGCUUCAAAGUCACUUCCAUCCCCCAGCAAAAUAGAAGUGGUAAUACCACCAGAUUCCAUAGUUCCUGGUUCAAAAGCUGAGUUUGCAACCAUGGAAAGAUUCCUGAGCAACAUCAACAGAGAGAAACCAAUCAGGUUCUCACCUGAGCAACUUGAUGGAGUUACAAAGAACUACUCAACCAUAUUGGGUUCUGGUGCUUUUGGAGUAGUCUUCAAAGGAGAAUUGCCAAAUGGAGAACUUGUAGCAGUCAAAGUUCUCAACUGUUUGGAUAUGGGAAUGGAAGAGCAAUUCAAAGCAGAAGUUGGAACCAUUGGAAGAACUUACCAUAUCAAUCUAGUUAGACUUUAUGGUUUCUGCUUCCACCAUGAUACAAGAGCUCUUGUUUAUGAGUGUGUGGAAAAUGGAUCUCUUGACAAGUACUUAUUUGGCAGCCAGAACAGGAACAUUGAGCUGGGGAAGCUACAUCACAUUGCAAUUGGAACAGCAAAGGGACUUGCUUAUUUACAUGAGGAAUGUCAACAUAGAAUAAUUCAUUAUGAUAUCAAACCAGAGAAUGUUCUUCUUGACAUGAAAUUAGAACCAAAGAUAGCAGAUUUCGGCCUCGCGAAGCUCCGCAACAGGGAAAGUAACACUACAAUCAACACACACUUUAGAGGAACCAGGGGGUAUGCUGCACCAGAAAUGUGGAAGGCUUAUCCGGUGACUUACAAGUGUGAUGUUUAUAGUUUUGGUAUUCUUCUUUUUGAAAUUGUAGGGAGGAGAAGGCACUUUGAUUCUACCUACACAGAAUCACAGCAAUGGUUUCCAAAGUGGACAUGGGAGAUGUUUAAGAAUAAUGAAUUAGCUGUAAUGCUUGCACUUUGUGGAACUGAAGAGAAAGACAAUGAGAAAGCUGAGAGAAUGUUAAAGGUGGCUCUAUGGUGUGUUCAGUAUUCACCAGAAGAUAGGCCUCUUAUGAGUACUGUGGUGAAGAUGUUAGAGGGUGAAAUAGAAAUUUCUCCACCCCCAUUUCCUUUCAAAAACAUGGUUUCAUGGAAAGCAAACAUGACUCCGGAUGGAAGCACUGCAGAUUCAGAUGCUACUCCAUCAUCAUGGAAGACAGAUCCUUUGCCAGAACCUGGUUCUAGAACCAUGGACAAUACAUUUCAGAUCGAAAAAACUACUUGAUCUAACAGAACAGUACAGAAAUUAUAGUGAAAUGGAAAUUUAUAUAAUUUUGUACUUCUAAACUGAGUGAGAUUGGUUUUGUUCCUUUUUUAUGAAUGUACAACAUCAAAUUUCACUCUGAAAAAAUAAUGAAGUUAGUGUAAAA